AUGCGCAUCUCAGCCAAAUCCGUAUUGUGCUUCAUCACCUUGGGCUUGCUCUCAGUAGCAAAUGCAUCGGGACAAGCUUUGGACACCAUGGUUCCUCGUACAUUCGCCAACGCCGACGGGAUUACUUCAAAAAUCCGUAUGAACCGCAACAUCAAAUUCACCCAGGCAUCAGAAGGCACACGACCGGUCCGCCUAUCAAAAAGGUUUCCCUUCUCUUCAGGCAGAGAUGAAUGGUGCGGGGAGCUAGCCGAGGACCCUGCGACGGACUUUUCGGCUUCCGCACCUUUGGCAGCAGACUGCCAGGCACUUGCCACUUCUCUCAGCAGUCAGAAUGGAUUUUGGACUUUGCAACCAGGGGACUUCUCUUCCAAUGGAUGGGCCACUGUAGUGAGCUCGGGAACAUGCAGCUUUGCCGUCAGAUAUGCCGACUCUGGCAGCGCAGCCAACCCUAUGAACGUUGGUACGAACGACAUCCGCUUCUACACGACAAGGUAUGGUGUUUUGACACAGGAUGGAAAGCUGGGAUUGCAAGGGACUGUGCAGUGUUACAACAGCCAGAAGAUGUUGUUUGUAACAUGGGGUUUGAUUCACAGCUAA